UGCAAAUCAGAAUUAUAUUCUAUUUUGUUUUUGUAACUUAUCGCUUUUAGUUAUUUCAUAAGCUGUACUAUAAUAAAGACAUUUAAGAUAAUAAUAUUUUAAUAAUUUCCAAACAAAAAAAAUGAGUAAACUCAUGCGUUUGGCCUUGUUGCAACUUAAAGGAUCUAAAGAUAAAUUGGCUAAUAUAAAUAAUGCUUCGCUAAAGAUACAUGAAGCUGUAAAUCAGCACCAGGCACGUUUAAUAACGUUACCCGAGUGUUUCAAUUGUCCCUAUGGUACAAAAUAUUUCCGUGAAUAUGCCGAAAAUAUACCCUUGGGUGAAACAUCUCAAAAAUUAUCGGAGUUGGCCAAGGAAUUGGGUGUAUAUAUAGUGGGCGGCACUAUACCAGAAGUGGGCGAAAAUGAUAAAAUCUAUAAUACUUGUACCAUUUGGUCGCCCGAGGGUAAAUUAUUGGCUAAACAUCGUAAAAUGCAUUUAUUCGAUAUUGAUGUCAAAGAUGGCAUACGUUUCAAGGAGUCUGAAACAUUGUCCCCAGGCAACGAAUUUACCAUAAUCGAGGUGGAUGGUCACAAAAUUGGCAUUGGUAUUUGUUAUGACAUGCGUUUUGAGGAAAUGGCUAAACUUUACAGAAAAGCUGGUUGCGAAAUGUUAAUUUAUCCUGCUGCAUUUAACAUGACCACUGGUCCAUUACAUUGGGAAUUAUUGCAACGUUCUCGUGCUAAUGACAAUCAAUUAUAUGUGGUUACCACAUCACCCGCCCGUGAUGAAUCAGCCGAAUACAUUGCUUAUGGCCACUCAAUGGUAGUUGACCCUUGGGCUAAGGUUCUAAAGAGUGCCAAAGAAGGAGAAGAGACUGUGAUUGCCGAUAUAGAUUUCUCAAUUGUAGAACAAGUACGUCAACAAAUACCCGUAUUCUCCCAAAGACGUGUAGAAUUAUAUGACACUCUUAAGAAAUAAAGAAACUAUUUUAAUUACAUGAUGUCAAAUAUAGAAUUUGAAUGAUCAUGGGAUUUAAGCUACGAAAA